AUGGGCAAUUGUUAAUGUAGAAAAUAUUUUGAUUCAGAAUAAGAAUCUUGCAAUAAUAAUCUUUAAGAAACAAUCAUAAAUAUUAAAAGGAGAUAGGAUAGUAUGAAGGAAUUGUCCAUUAAAAUAAAAACUUGGAGACAAGAAUCUUUUUCUUUAUUUGAUUAUGAGAAUUAAAAUGAUUUAAAGGAAUAAACCAUUAAGGUAUGUAUAUUUAUAUUAAUAAGAUAAGAUAAGGAGGCUAUAUUAUAAAAAACAAUAAUGAAUUGUAAUGGAUAGAUGAAGAUGUUGACUGGAAUAAAUGUGUGAUUAAAUAAGAUUAAAUACUUUUUAGAAUAGAAAAAAUAGAUGGAGUUUUUACAAUAAUAAAUCAAAAGGGAGAAUGUAAAUAGCACUUAGAGGAUGAUAAGUAAGAGCUUACAACCAAGAACAUUGGAGACAAUAGAGAAUUUCAAUAAUUUGAGAACUUGGCUUAGUUUGAAGGGGAAGAAUUUGAUUAGUCAUAGGAAUUAAUAUAUAAAAUAGGUUAAUAAUAUUAAAGGUUGAGUCAAAGUUAAAAAACAAACACUAAAUUAUUAGAGAAGGGUAGUAAAUUAUGGUUAGUAGUUAGAUCAAUCUAAUAAAAGUUUAGUAAUCCUGGAAUAAAAUUAAAAUAAGGGGAUAUAUUAAAAUUUGGAAGAGUUAAAUUUAAAAUUAGAGAAAUUCAAUUAAAUAAAAGAAAAUUAUUGUAUAUUAUUAAUUUAUUAAUAACUCUUAGAUGUGAUUUAGAUUCAUUUAGAUCUAGCCAAUCUGAUAAUAUUUUAUGUAGAGUAUGUUGUAGUAGUUCAGAUAGUAUAUAGAAUCCUUUAAUAAACCCUUGUAAAUGUACUGGAUCUAUCAAAUAUAUCCAUCUUAAUUGUUUAAAGAAGUGGUUAAAAUUGAAAUUCUAAACUAAAUUCAGUAAUAAUUGUAUAAUCUAUAUGUGGAAAAAUUUAGAAUGUGAAAUAUGUAAGUUUAAUUAUCCACCAAUUUUUAAAAGUGAUGAAAAAUAUUUUGAUUUGAUUGAGUUGAGUAUACCUGUAGAUUAACCUUAUGUGUUGAUGGAAAUCAUUCAGAAUCGUUAAGUAAAUAUUUUAUAUAUCAUUAAGGAUUUGAGAAUUGAUAAUAAAAUUUAAGAUUCAACUUGGGCAUAAUGUAAAGGAGUCUACAUAAUUACUUUUGAUAAUAAAAGUGAUGAUAAAUCUAUUAAAACAAAUUAAUUAUNAAAAACUUGGAGACAAGAAUCUUUUUCUUUAUUUGAUUAUGAGAAUUAAAAUGAUUUAAAGGAAUAAACCAUUAAGGUAUGUAUAUUUAUAUUAAUAAGAUAAGAUAAGGAGGCUAUAUUAUAAAAAACAAUAAUGAAUUGUAAUGGAUAGAUGAAGAUGUUGACUGGAAUAAAUGUGUGAUUAAAUAAGAUUAAAUACUUUUUAGAAUAGAAAAAAUAGAUGGAGUUUUUACAAUAAUAAAUCAAAAGGGAGAAUGUAAAUAGCACUUAGAGGAUGAUAAGUAAGAGCUUACAACCAAGAACAUUGGAGACAAUAGAGAAUUUCAAUAAUUUGAGAACUUGGCUUAGUUUGAAGGGGAAGAAUUUGAUUAGUCAUAGGAAUUAAUAUAUAAAAUAGGUUAAUAAUAUUAAAGGUUGAGUCAAAGUUAAAAAACAAACACUAAAUUAUUAGAGAAGGGUAGUAAAUUAUGGUUAGUAGUUAGAUCAAUCUAAUAAAAGUUUAGUAAUCCUGGAAUAAAAUUAAAAUAAGGGGAUAUAUUAAAAUUUGGAAGAGUUAAAUUUAAAAUUAGAGAAAUUCAAUUAAAUAAAAGAAAAUUAUUGUAUAUUAUUAAUUUAUUAAUAACUCUUAGAUGUGAUUUAGAUUCAUUUAGAUCUAGCCAAUCUGAUAAUAUUUUAUGUAGAGUAUGUUGUAGUAGUUCAGAUAGUAUAUAGAAUCCUUUAAUAAACCCUUGUAAAUGUACUGGAUCUAUCAAAUAUAUCCAUCUUAAUUGUUUAAAGAAGUGGUUAAAAUUGAAAUUCUAAACUAAAUUCAGUAAUAAUUGUAUAAUCUAUAUGUGGAAAAAUUUAGAAUGUGAAAUAUGUAAGUUUAAUUAUCCACCAAUUUUUAAAAGUGAUGAAAAAUAUUUUGAUUUGAUUGAGUUGAGUAUACCUGUAGAUUAACCUUAUGUGUUGAUGGAAAUCAUUCAGAAUCGUUAAGUAAAUAUUUUAUAUAUCAUUAAGGAUUUGAGAAUUGAUAAUAAAAUUUAAGAUUCAACUUGGGCAUAAUGUAAAGGAGUCUACAUAAUUACUUUUGAUAAUAAAAGUGAUGAUAAAUCUAUUAAAACAAAUUAAUUAUAGAUUGGAAGAGCAAAUGAAAUGGAAAUAAGAAUAAAUGAUAUUUCUGUAAGUAGAAAUCAUGGAAUACUAAAAUUAAAUGAUGGAAAACUAUAUUUAAUUGAUAAUAAAUCAAAAUUUGGAUCAUUGAUAUUAAUUUAAUAAAAAGUGAUACCAUUAAUAUAUGAAUUGAAUGGAAUAGAAAUUUAAAUUGGAAGAAGUGUUAUGCAAUUCAAUUUUGUAAAAGAUGAAUUAAAUGCACAAUCUUCUAAAUAGAAUUUAGAUUCUGAAAUUUUUGAGUAGUUAAUAUAAUUCUAAUAAAAGGAAAAUUAUUGGUCCAGACCCAGAAGACGAAGAUAUCCUUAAUUUUCAAUGA